UUUCAUUAUUUGUCGUCCGUUUGUUUCUCCCGCGGUUAGCUUCUGCGCGCGUCGUUGCUGCUACUUGCUGAAACCUUGAUCAACUUCGCAAGUUUAUGGCGUUUGUGUUCACCUUGAGAUUCUCCGUGCGAUACCCAUAAAGCCUUGUCGGGGACCACGCGAGUCGCCGAGGGUGGUCGACAUGUCCAACCCACCGGACGGCAGCCUUUUGCUCGUCCUGCCGACAGGCAAGAGCCCACGAGAUGCGCCUGCAACGUUGCGGGACAUGUACGACCUUACGUGCCGGGAGCAGAUGGAGCCGAAAUGGAUCACGACCCAGGACUGCCUGGCCAAGUCAUCCCGCAACCCGACCGAAGUGUUUGUGUGCGACCCUUUCGAAGGACCGGCUUUUGACCACCUGACGGCGCUCAACUGCCGAGUCGUGGGCCCGCUUUGCAUGGCGCUCUGCAUUCAGGAGCAGCAGUCGUUGCCUCGCAGGCCCAACCCGCUCUACAGCCUCUCCUUCAGGGGCAUGGUGGUCACCGUCUCGGCGCUCAGUCCACCGGAGAGGCAGAAGGUGCAGACAUGGGUCGAGCUCAUGGGUGGGACGUACAUGGCGGCACUGACCAAAAGUGUCACUCAUGUUGUGGCAGGGGAGGUUGGAUCCAAAAAGUACCAUGCGGCAGCCAGCCGGAAACUGCCCGUGAUGCAGCCCCAGUGGGUCAAACUUUUCUGGGAAAAAGAGCAGCACACGCUGGCUCAUGCUUCGAGCGACGCGUAUAACCACCUACGCCUACCUGCCUUCAAGGGGCUUAGCAUUACCGUUUCUCAGGUGUCUCCCUUGGAGCGGAAGGAGCUACAGGUGCUGGUGGAGUCUAACGGCGGCAAAUAUUCUGGCCAGUUGAAGGGCAGGGACACGACACACGUGGUGCUGCUGCAUGCCGGUGGCAGCAAGUACCAAUACGGCCAAGCAUGGCAACUCCACUGCGUGCACGUGAGUUGGCUCCACGACAGCGCUCGAGCCGGCUACGCCCUCGACGAGUCUCUCUACGCAGUCAAGCCGCAGGGUGCCACGAAAUCGACGCCGAGCUCUCUCACCGAAGCUCCUUCUUUCGAGCUUCCUGUGGACGUGAGUGCCAUAGGAAAAGUCGACCUUGUGUCGUGUCUCGAAGAGACACGCUCCUCCAACGUGAGCGACGCGUCACGGAUGACCCAGAGGGAUCCAGUGGACGAGAUCGACGUCGAGAAGCUUUCCUCCCACUGCGGCCAGUUCCUGGACGGGUGCUGCGUAGUACUUUGGGGGUUCGCGCCCGAGAAAUUGGACAAGAUGCGGAGGGUCAUCAACGCAUGUGGCGGCGUGCGCUUUAACGAGUACGCCGAGGAAGUAACCCACGUGGUCGUGGCGGAAGGUGCGAGCGUUUCCCAACUCAACAAGGCCAUCGCUAAGCAAGGGGGCUUUCCGUACCUGGUAUCUCCUCAGUGGUUUGCAGAAAGCUCUGCCCUAGGGGCCGUUCAGAACAUUGACACUUACCUGCUUGUGAAGGCGGCAUCAAAGCCGUCGAUUGUGGAGUCGCCGGGCAGCGUUUCAAGACACACCGUGGAAACGUCGCAGAAGGCACCGCCACGAGAGCUGGAUAGAACAACUCUGCCGGACCUCAGCGACAUUGUCAACCAAUACCGAACCUCGGACAACACCCCUGCCAACGGCUCUGCACUGCAGGAGCCUGUAACGUCCUACAGUGAAGAGUGCCAGGGAAUUGAUCUGAUACCAGCAGAGGCAACUGGGAAAGGAGACAAGUUGUCAUCUGGUCCGUCAAAUUUAACCCCAAAUGCGCUCUUUGACUUCAUGACCUUUCGGAUUCACGACUUUAAGAGCGAAGAUGAGGCACUUCUCCGAGAGAUGAUUGACCACAACGGAGGUAAAGUCAUCGCAGACAUAACAAGAAAGGCCGACGGCCCCCGAAAGCUUGUCGAGGUUGUCCCAUUAGUGGUGGACCUUGAGAAGGACUAUGACCAGUUUGGAGGCGUAGUUGUGACAUACUGCUGGCUGCAAGCUUGUAUCCACGCUGAAACGUUGCUGGGGUUUGAUUCGGACCCAUUAUUCUCACCAUUCCAGAAGCCGACAUCGGAAGCGCCACUUCAUGGCUGCGUAAUUUCGUUCAGCCAGUACAAUGCUCCAGAGCGAGAAUUUUUGAUUCACUUGGCCGAGUCAAUGGGAGCCGUGUGCCAAGAAUUUUUGGUCCGGAAAGUUAGUAAGCAGCGCAAACUUCUUCGUAACACGCAUCUGGUUGCCUGCGAACCUCAAGGCAGCAAGUACGAGGCUGCAAAGAAGUGGGGGUUGCCUGUGGUCACCAAAGAGUGGCUCGUGGCAUCUGCAAAGUUUUGCACAAAAGUAAACGAGGACCAGUUUUUUGUGGAUAGUGUCUACAAUAAAACAUUACGUGCCAAAGAUUCUGAAGCCCCCAAGGUUGUCAACGGAGAGGAAGGAAGGCAUGAAACAACGGCAAUCAGUGAUGCCUCCGUUUGCUGUGAGGCACCAGCCACCAGCCUUUCUCCAGAAAAAGGCCAUGGGAGUACUCCACCAUGUGCUCCGACGUUAAAUGGGGGCGAAUAUCAUUCUGAUAGUGCAGAAGGCAUGUCCAGCAGGGUCGAACUCUCAGACCUCCCAGAUCAGUUCCAGACGCCAGAGCACGUUCAAAGAGCCUCCAUCGAUGGAGUUCCAACUCCUGGGAGCUACCUCAAGAGUCAGCGGAUCCGGGAGCUGAUGCAUCAGAGCCGAAAUAGCUCCAGCACCAGCAUUGCCAGCAUCGACGGGAGCAUCAGCGAAGACACUUUCCAGCAGAUGCUCGAUGGGACGCACAAACCGAAGCUACACUUGCCGGGACUUCCGGAGCAGUUGGAGGCCAAGCAGAAAGCAGCCCGUAAGGGGCCCCACACGCUCUCUCUCGGAAAGCAGCUGGCUCAAAACAUGAGAUUGGCCGCCGAGCGGAUCGGCGACCGGGACUUGCUCGACGGUCUUUCGAGCACGCCGACGCCGAAAGAGGCACGAGCGCCAGCCUUCCCCCUUCCCGUGCCAGACAGCCGUCCGCUCGAAGGCAUCGUGGUCUGCAUCUCCAAGAAGCUCGCCCAACAUGAGAAAGAGCUCAGAGACAUUGUGGUCUCGCUCGGGGGACAGUUUGCGCAGGAGUGUACCGAGCAGUGCACGCACUUUGUCUGUCAGGGCAGACCUGGGGAGCCGUUGCCUCGAGAAGCGGGACGGGCCAGGGAGCGGGGGAAGAAGCUGGUUGGUCCAGAGUGGGUGUACGCCUGCAAGGGGUCCGGAGCGCGGCUCGACGAGGCGGACUUUCCAAGCGUCCGGGACGAGAGGCUGUCCCUUUCGGGGCAUUUCACGGCGGUCCGAAUCCCUAAGCAGAAGUCUCCGACCAAAGAACAGAGCGCCUCGUCUGAGCCCGGUUUGUCCAAAGGCUGGCCUCAAGUGGACAGUUUUGCAAACGCGCAGCAAGUGACGCCGAAGCCGACGGAACCGCCCUCUCGGCGACUGACGGAGAACCACCGGAUCAUUAACGACCAGCUGGACGAGCUCAUGUCGGUGGCAAAGGAAGCCGGUCGACGCCUGAGCCACCACCCCCCACCUCGAGUGUCCCUGUUCAACUCGCCUUCCGUCCCGGAAAUGCCCCUCCCCGCACCCAGCUCGCCUACCGGACGAUCCGCUCACCUUCCGCUGCCGGAUUCGGAAUCGCAGUUUGUGGGCGUGACGUGGGACGACCCGACGCGGAGGCAGGAGAUGGCAAGGCUGGCCGGGAAACUGUCUGAGGUGGAGCCACUGUCUCAGUUCUCGCAGUGGGACGGGGCGGACGACGUCUUUAAUGCGCCGAAACUGCCGCCGGAUCCUGUGCCGGAGCCCCCGAAGAAGUUCAUGCUGUCGGGCCUGGCAGAGGAGCAGAAGGUGCACUACGCCGGCGUCGUCGAGGAACUGGGUGGAGUGCUGCUCACGUCGAAGAACUAUGACCCGGAGAUGACGCACCUGGUGCUCGCCAGUGCCCUCAAGAACGAGCGGUACCUGGCGGCCGUGGCGGCGGGCAAGUUCGUGCUGCACACAGCCUACCUGGACGACAGUGCCAAGGCGGGCCAGUUCCUCGACGAGGAGGGCUACGAGUGGGGGGGCCCGCUCACGGACGGCGUGCUGGCCAACCUGUCUACGUCGUCGGUCAAGGGCCAGAGCCACAAGCCGGCCUACGCACCACGGCGCUGGCGGCAGCUCAUUUCACGGAACCCGGACUCCCGGGGAGCCUUUUCGGAAUGGCGCGUGAUCCUGUUUGCGUCGGGAGCGGCCAAGGAGGCCGUGUAUCGCCGCGUGCUGGAAGCCGGAGGGGCCACCAUCCUGCCUUCGUCGCCGCCCGAUUUCCAGACCGGAGACGUCACUCACGCGCUGUUCGACGCGGGGACUGCACGCUCAGUCGACCUGAAGCUGUUGACGGAUGCCGGCGUGCUCUGUCUCAAAGCCGAGUACAUGGCUACGUUUCUCGUAGACGACCCGGUGCCCUCGCCCGGAAAGUUUAGGAUAUCCGAGCUCACGUCCCUCUUGAACUGCGAAGCACCCUCCAGAAGGGCGACGUCAAAGAGGGACGGUGGCGACACCUCGAGCGAAGGAGGUUCGCGGCACAAGGCCAAACGUAACAGGCGGUAGAUGCCCUUGAAGGUUGCUUGAAGGUUGAAGGAGGUGCUUUAGAUGGUUUAGAGCUGCCUAUGCUGUGCCUAUAAGAAGUAUUUUCACAAUUGAACUGUGCUUAGAACUGACCCCUCUUUUGCAGGCAGAGGAGGGAUUGUAUAUUUGCAGUGUUGGGUACUGUUCAAAAUGCCCUCCUUAGUUACGGUAGACAGUUGGUUUUGCUUUCUAGCGUAAGCAUAGCCUGCAUUUAAAAUGUAUUGUCUCGAAAAUAGCUUAUAUAAAUAUACUGCUUUCUUGUACAGUGAAGUUCAAUGUUUGCGAGUGUUUUGUUUGGUUCACUAAAGAAUGUUAUUUGAGUUGCAGUAUUCUUGCAUUUUGUGUUGACAUGUGCACCAAGUACAUUUUUGUUUCAUCAGAGGACAGACAUUGUACCUGGCAUCAUCUCUUGUACAGACAUAAUCAGGUUUGUCUGAAGCACAAGAACGGAAGCCUGUCCCCAAGGGACUCUGGACAGGGGGCGACCUGGACACUUGCAUGUUUCCUCGUGUGGCAGUGCACGGCGUUACUUGGCUCACACCAGCGAUAUGCAGUUUCUCACAUAUUUGUAUUGUUUGUUGGAGUUUGUCUUGUGUGGGUGCCAUUUUUCAAGAACAUUGUGUACUUUGGACUUUUAUUGCAUUUAUGUUUUAUAUUAAAUAUUUUUUAGGUAAUCCUU